AUGCAGUCUCACAUUCUUGUCCCCAUCUUUGUCGUUGCUUUCCUAGCCGUCUUCACCGCCGCGUCAGGCAUCGAGAAACGGUCGUUUACGGUCCAUCGAGUGGGAAACCCCAACUUUUCUGGCCACAAUGGACCGAGAUCUCUGGCAAAAUCGUAUCGAAAGUUCGGUGCGCCUCUUCCCAAAGGCCUAGCCGGUGCCCUGGCUGCUCAGAACACGCGAAAGAGAACGCUCGACACCGCCCCAUUGGUCGAAAGGAGAGGAUUCGAAUAUAGGUGGAGUGGCCAGCGCAGCCGGCGAGCAUUCUCGGGAGCAUCCAACAACUGCCCCCAGGGAAGCGUUGCUGGAAAGAAAUGUUGGGCGGGAACGGCGCAAAGCUCGAUGGCUCGCCAACAGGCCAACAAAACCAGGCAAGUAGGCAGCGUCGAGGCUGUUCCGGAACAGAACGAUAUCGAGUUCCUCUCUCCCAUUUCCAUCGGCGGCCAAGCCGUGAACCUUGCCUUCGACACCGGUUCCUCGGAUCUCUGGGUCUUUAGCAAGCAACUAAAUCCUGCGGCCACUACCGGCCACAGAGUCUACGACCCUGCAAAGAGCCCAAGCUUCUCGAUGAUACAAGGCCAGAACUUUUCCAUCCGAUACGGCGACGGCUCUGCCGCCACGGGGGUUGUCGGGACCGAUGUCGUCAACGUAGGCGGCGCCGAGUUCCAGGCGCAGCCCAUAGAACUUGCCACGGCCGUCACGCGAACCUUUGUCGAAGAUCAGAACAACGACGGCCUCAUGGGCUUGGCCUUUUCCAACCUGAACACGGUGAAGCCCCAACGGCAAAAGACAUUCUUCGAAAACGUCAGGGCCACUCUCAGCGAGCCCCUUUUCACCGCCGAUCUUCGCAACAACUCCACCGGAGCCUACACGUUCGGCGUCAUCGACGCAAGCAAGUUCAACGGCAGCCUGACGUGGAUCCCCGUCAACACGACGAGAGGAUUCUGGCAGUUUUCCAGCGAGAGGUUUGCCGUCGGCGGCGAGCCGUCGCAGAAUGCCAGUUCAGGGGGGCAGGCCAUCGCCGACACGGGCACGACGCUGAUCCUCGCCGACCCAAACAUCGUGCAGGGGUACUAUUCGAGGGUCCCGGGGGCGAGAAACAGCGACAAGGCAGGCGGGGUGACGGUUCCGUGCAAUGCCAAGCUGCCAGACCUCGACCUCGACAUCGGCGGCCUCUACAUGGCCCGCGUUUCCGGCGCCAACAUCAACUUUGCGCCGGUCGGGAAUGGCUCUUGCUUUGGCGGCCUCCAGGCGUCGCCGCUUGGUACCAUGGGCAUAUACGGCGACAUCUUUUUCAAGUCGCAGUUUGUCGUGUUCAACGGCGGCAACAACACGCUGGGAAUGGCACCGCAUGCAUAA